GAAACAACCCAAAAUCCCCUCUCUCUAGUCUCUAGGAAACAUAUUGGUCCACUAGUACCACUCUCUCUUGUCAUUUCUUUUUCCCUCUCUCUCUUACCUUUUUUUUCAUUCACACUCUUUCUCACUAAAACACUCAAAAACUCCACUGCUUUUUCCUCUCUUUUCUGCCAAGAACCCAAAACCAAAACCAAAACCAAAACCAAAACACACACAUAACAUCAUUAAAAAAACAUUGUUUUUCAUUUUCUUCUUUCCCUUCAGUUUCAACAUGAAUUAGGGUUUCACCAAUCACCCCAUUGCUGAAACUUUACUAUUCCCACCUCCACAACAAAUCCAUCUUCAUCAUCUUCUUCAGCAAAAUGGGUAAGCAACUUUUGUUACUAACUCUCAUUCUUCAUCUUCUCUUUGCAACACUCUCAGCUGCACCUUCCAACACUUCACCUGCAAAAAUUGUUUCUGGGUUUCUCUCCAAUGCCGUUCCUGCUUUUACCAAAUGGGUUUGGUCCCUUAAAGCUACCUCCAAAACUGGGGUUUUGAGCAAGUCAAUGAUGAAGUUUGAGAGUGGUUACAAUGUGGAGACUGUGUUUGAUGGAAGCAAGCUUGGAAUUGAGCCUUAUACUGUUGAGGUUUUGCAUAAUGGAGAACUUCUCAUUCUAGAUUCUGCUAAUAGUAACCUUUAUAGAAUCUCCUCAUCACUCUCUUUGUAUAGCAGACCGAAACUGGUGGCUGGAUCAGCCGAAGGAUAUUCUGGACAUGUUGAUGGAAGGCUCAGGGAGGCUAGGAUGAACCACCCAAAAGGGAUAACCGUUGAUGACCGAGGAAAUAUUUAUGUUGCAGAUACUAUAAAUAUGGCAAUUAGGAAAAUUAGUGAUUCAGGGGUCACAACAAUUGCUGGAGGAAAAUGGAGCCGCGGAGGGGGCCAUGUUGAUGGACCAAGUGAAGAAGCUAAAUUUUCUGAUGACUUUGAUGUGGUUUAUGUUGGAAGUAGCUGUUCUCUACUUGUUGUAGACAGAGGAAACCAAGCCAUCAGGGAGAUCCCACUCCACUUUGAUGAUUGUGCAUAUCGAUAUGGCAGUGAUUUCCCUCUUGGGAUUGCAAUGCUUGUUGGGGCUGGCUUCUUUGGUUAUAUGCUUGCAUUGCUGCAGCGUAGACUCGGUGCAAUCGUAGAAUCUCAGGAUGCUCAGGUUCCAGUAACAAUAAUGCCUUCUGUUUCUCCAAGUGCAUAUCAAAACCCGUUGAAAUCUGUAAGGCCUCCUUUAAUUCCAUCAGAAUAUGAACCCGAAAAGCAGGAAGAAGGUUUCUUUGGGUCUCUCGGGAAGCUUCUUUCUGAUGCCGGGGUAUCAAUGGUGGAGAUAAUGGGAGGAUUAUUUGCUGUUUUCAGAAGAAGACCACAGAGCUACCAAUAUCAAAGGCAAACACUUAUCCAACAACCUCAGAAGCUAGUUAAUGAUUGGCCAGCACAGGAAAGUUUUGUGAUUCCUCGCGAAGAUGAGCCGCCAUCUAUUGACACAAGAGCACCAACACCUCGAAAAACCUAUCCUUUCAUGUCAAAAGAUGCAGAAAAAAUGCAACAAUUACGGCAAAGUAAAGCAUUUUAUAGUGGGUGGGAUGGAGAUCAGCAGCAACAGCAGCAGCAGCAGCAGCAUCAUCAACAGCAGCAGCAACAGCAACAAACACAUCAUCAUCGCCAUCAGUACCAAUCAUCGGUCCCUCGCACUUUCUACGAGCAGAGCAAUGAGGCAACUAAUGAGGUAGUUUUCGGCGCAGUGCAGGAACAGGAGGGGAAGAAGGAAUCUGUGGUCAUCACGCCGGUUGAAUACGGAGGUUCACUGUACGAACAUCGUGAUAUGCGGUCUCGAAUGAGUUCCAUGGGUUAUAAUUACUCCCAUAAGUAUUGAGUAUAUAUAGUUAGGAAGUUUAGAACAAAAAUGAAGACUCGAUCCAGCUUUGAUUUGGAGUGAGGAGGAUGAAAUCAAGUGUAGGUAGUACAAUGAUUUUCCCCUUAUGAUCAUAAUAUGAAUGGUUUAUUUAGUUUUGCCAAA